GUGGGGAAGGGAGUUUGGAGCCUCAAGUGGAGCAACUGGAGGGAGAAGCUGCCCCAGGGGUUGGGGAGAGUGGGAGGAGGCCUGUCUAAGGGGAGAAGGUUGGGGAGCUAUUAUCUUUGUCCUUGGGCUUGAAGAGUUAUUAUGAACUUCAGGGCCCAGGGAGCAUCCCCCCUCUUCUCUCCUCAGGGGGGGCAUCUCAGAGAUGGUUCCUCUACCUCUGGGCCCCCCUUCUGCCUUCCAUGGUGUAUAGGCAGCUCCUAAGCUUCCCCUCUCACUAACUGCACUUGUGGGCUGGCCCCCUUCUCUUCUCACUAUCCUGGGGCUGGCCAUUCUGGGAGCCAUCGCCAGCCCAUUGGCUAGUUUCUUUCUGCUCUUAAAAUGAAAAUAAGAUCACUGUAGUUUUUUUAAAUAUAUUGAGCUUAAAAAAUGCUGAAUAUCUAUUUUAACUGGUAAUAGUCCCCCCCCCCACCUCCCUUUUUUUGUUCAGUUCAGUCAGUAAAACAAAAUUAUGGUUCAAUUUUGGUUCCGGUUCCAGUAUGAAAUACUGGCCUGGGGACAAUGUCAGGGGGGAUCCCCUGUGACGGAGUAGGGAGUGGGGCGGAUUGACCUGGGAAUGUUGCAUGGAACUUUUACUAGGACUGUCUGCAUUGGUGAUGGGAUAUCAGGGUGUGAUUUCACUUGAGGGAUGAUACCUGAGCCCAGGAAGGGGGUUGGGGCCAGGUGACACCUUUGCCUGGGAACCAGGACAAAGGCUGGAGGAGAAGCCGGGGGGAGGCUGGGUGAGACUGCUGGAGGGGGUUUCAGUUGGGAGUUGACUGGGGAAAUGGAGGGAGUCCCCAGGCUGGGGUCUAAGCUCCUGCCCCCCAGAUGGACCUGACUGAGGGGGUCCUGUUGUCUACACCCUACAAGCUCUGAUUUGGACUGUGUUCCUGUCAUCUAAUAAACCUUCUGUUUUACUGGCUGGCUGAGAGUCACGUAAAUCGCAGGAAGUGGGGUGGUGCAGGGCCCUGACUCCUCCACACUCCGUGACACCCUCAAAGUGGCUCCUUUGAUUCUGCUCUUUUCUAGGGUUUGACUGUGUUCCUGGGAGGGUUUAAAAGUGUCUCAUGGGUUUAGUCCCAAUGGGAGGGGUCAGGUGUUGUAAUAAUGUAACUGAGGGUUUUCCAAGGAUAGCAGAGUGUCUGUCUGCAAGGAAAGAGCCUGGGAGGAAUCAGGGUGUGAAAUGGACUAACACUAAUUCAGAAACCUCCCCAAUUGCCCUUCUCACCCCAACAGGUUGCAGAAUGUUUUGCUCCAGAUCAUCUUCCUAGGGGACGGGGCAGGGAAAUGGCUGUGGUGGAUCCAGCUCAGAUGCCAGUGACCUUCGAGGAGGUGGCUGCGUAUUUCACCGAGAGGCAGGGGGCUCUGCUGGACCCCGGUCAGGGGGUCCUCUACAAGGAUGUCAUGCAGGAGAAUUACGAGACUGUGACCUCACUGGGAGGACUCCCCAUUCCCAAACCUGACCCGAUCGCCCAGCUGGAAGCAGGGGAAGAGCCAUGGGUCCCGGAUCUCCAGGUCUCUGAGGAAAAGAAGAUCCCAAGAGGCACCCACCCAGCUCAGGCAAUGACUCCUGCUGGGACUCUCUCCCUUCCUCAGCAGGUGAUGAGACAAUGAGUGAGAACGAGGAGGGAGAUCUACAGCAGGAAGGACUUGAGCAAAUGGAACUCCAGGGGACCUUCUUGAGAAAAGCUGGAGAGAAGUUCUCCCAGUGCUUGGAACAGAGAAAAGCCUGGAGUAAUUGGCACAGGUCAGAAAGGAAUCAGGGAAAAUGCCAAAGGAAGAAAAUGGAGGAAUCCAUUGAAUGUGGGAGAGGAGGCAAGGAUCCCAAGGAAUCCGCAGCCCAGCAGACAAAUCAGAAGGAGAAGAAACCAUAUACAUGCUUGGACUGUGGGAAAAGCUUCAGUCAGCGCUCAAUCCUUAUAAGAUAUGGGAGAAUCCACACAGAAAACUGUGAAAAUGCCUCCGCUGUAGGAAAAGUUUGUCAGAACUCGCACCUUAUUAGACAUCAGACAAUCCACAUAAGAGAGAAUCUGCAUAAAUACUUGAAUGGUGGGAAAGGCUUCAAUCCCAGGCCAAAUCUUCCUAAACAUCAGAAUUCACAAGGGACAGAAUCUAUAAGUGCCUCAACUGUGGAAAAAGUUUCAUUUGAAUAUCAAACCUUGCUUCACAUUAGACGAUCCACACAAGAGAGAGCCCAUAAAUAUUUGGAUUGUGGGAAAAUCUUCAAUAAUUGCAGGGAAAGAUUCAGUCUAAGCUCACACAUUGUUCCCUCAUGAGCUAAUUCACAGAAGAAAGAGCUUGAAUGUGGGGGUAUCUUCUUUUGGUGCUCACACAGCAUCAAGCAUCAGCAAAUCCAAACAGGGAGGAGCCCUCUCAGAUGCCCUUAGCAUGGAAAUAGGUUCAGUUGGAGCUAACACCACAUUGAACAUCAGAGACUCCUCCACACAGGAGAGAAAUUCUCUCAGUGCCCUGACGAGGGCUGGACGUAGUAAAAACUCCAUUUCCUAAUUCCCACAUACAUCAGUGACAUUUGGCUCCUAGGUAUCCAGCUGCCCAUGUCUGGGGGCAGGUUCCAGCAGCAGCUAACCCUGAUCUGAUCAGCCGCUCCUCCCUGCUGAUGGGCUUUCCUGCCUCCUGGUAACCUGCUGAGGAAUGGGAGAGAGAAAUUCCUCCAGAAGCCCCCUCUGCCUGGAUGAAGUUCUCUUUCCUUUCCCUUCCCAGUCAGGAUGCCCCUACCAUAGAGACUAGGAAAUGGAUACUUGGGCAAGGCUCCACAUUCACUCUGGACACCUGCCCCCACCCCCCAUUUUCCAGUAGCCUAUGGGUUGGGCUCCCCCACUUACCUGGAGCUAGUCCCUGCAGGGUGAGUUUCCUGAGUGCUGGCAACUCUUCCCCUCUCUAAAUCCCCUAAGGUGCUGGGUUCUGGGAGAUCAAAUGUGAAGGGACCAGGAGGGAUGGGUUUUGGGGAAGACAGUGGGUGACUGAAUGGUUGGGUCUGGUGGAUGUGGGGAGCAUAGGGUACUCGGUGCUGGGGAAAUCAAGUGUUAAGGAUCGUGGGAUAAGAGAGGAGAGUACAGGGAAGAGAGGUGCUGCCUCUUAUCACUCACCCCUUCUGUAUUCAGAAAGCUCCACUGAGGGGCUGAUUUCCACAGGGACUUGUGGGAGGCUUUGGGAUCCCACCUCUGCCUCCUCAGCAUCAGCCUCCGAGGGUCCGUCUGUGUUGGGAAAGGUUGUGGAGAUUAGCUAGCAAAUCUCCCCUGAACUCCCCCUCCCCCCUGCACUUGUCCUAGUCUAGACUGACCCCAAACAUCUUAUAUGUUCUCUUCCCCCCAUUAGCAGAGUGAUUCUUAGUCACUGAGUUCCCCCUUUGGGGAGAGAUUGUCUCAUUCCCACAUAAUCUCAAAUUGCUCCAGGUUAUGCAAAGAAAAAAAAAUUACUUUUUGUACUCUGACUCCCUUAGAGACCAGAAUUAAAUAGAUUCUAAAUUUUG